AUGAGGCCAUUGAAUGAAACCGAGAGACGUGAACAAAAAUGGUCUGGUGCUGUGGAAAUACUUCGGGGUAAGGAUUCAUAUGGCCAUGUCAGGAUCAAGGAGAAGCCUCUGGAUAAAUUCACAAAGACUUUUACAUUUGACAAUGUCUUCAAUCAGGAGUCAAAGCAGAUUGAUGUAUAUAGGUCAGUUGUUCAGCCACUGGUGGAAGAAGUUUUAACAGGCUACAACUGUACUGUUUUUGCUUAUGGCCAAACUGGAACAGGGAAGACUUAUACAAUGGAAGGUGGAGAUCGAGAUGAUUCUGGAUUGCCUUGGGACCAGGAUCCAUCUGCUGGCUUGAUUCCAAGAACUGUGAGUCAGCUGUUUGAUGAACUUCGCAUUCAGGAUGUUGAGUUCACAAUCAGAGUUUCAUAUAUGGAACUGUACAAUGAGGAACUCUUUGACUUGCUCUCUCCUGUGGAGGACAAUACCAAAUUGAGGUUGGUCAAGCUGGUCACCAAAAUGCUUGUCCUAAUGCUACACUGGUUAUUUGAAGAUCCAGGAAAGAAAGGGAAUGUGAUCAUCAGUGGAUUGGAAGAAGUCAUAGUUCGCAACAAAGCUGAAGUCUAUCAACUGCUGCAAAAAGGAGCUUUAAAACGCCGCACAGCUUCCACAAAUCUGAAUGAAAGGUCAAGAGAUACUUAUGCAUCCAAGGUGCUUCCACUUUUUUCCAGCCGUUCACAUGCGAUCUUCACUGUGACCGUGAACAUCAAAGAAGUCACCAUUGAUGGAGAUGAAGUUUUGAAGAUUGGAAAGAUGAACCUAGUAGACUUGGCAGGGAGUGAAAACAUCCGCCGAAGUGGUGCUGUGGACCGACGGGCUCGAGAAGCAGGGAGCAUUAACCAAAGUCUUCUAACACUGGCUCGUGUUAUUAUGGCCCUUGGUAUGGAACGUUCUGUUCAUGUUCCAUACCGUGAGUCCAAACUCACCCGCAUCCUGCAGGACUCCCUUGGAGGUCGUACGAAGACUUCCAUCAUUGCCACUGUUGGACCAGCAUCCAUGAAUCUGGAUGAGACAUUGUCAACACUUGAUUAUGCCCAAAGAGCCAGGUGCAUUACAAACAAACCUGAGAUCAAUGAGAAGAGAAGUAAGAAGGAGUUCAUAAAGGAUUAUGCAGAUGAGAUUGAUCGUCUCCAAAGGGAUCUCAUGGCUGCUCGUUCUAAAAAUGGUAUCUUCCUGGCUCCAGAAAAUUACAAUGAAAUGGUGAGCAGGAUUGCCAGCCUGGAUGAUGAACUCACUGAGAAGAUUGUUGAACUUCGCUCAGUAAUAGAAGAACAAGCAAAGCUGACGGCAACAUUUGAAACCCUCCAGAAGGCUAUGGCUGAAACUCAGCAGGAACUGCAGGAGACAAAGGAUAAUCUUGGGCAAACCAAGAAACGGGUGAAGAAGUUGAGGAGAACUAACAAAAAGAAGGAAUUCAUUGUGAAGCAUUAUCAAGCAACUGAAGCAACUGUAACUGGUCAGUUCAAACAAACUGUGGCUGCAGCUGAUGUUGCUACUGAGCAUGUGACCAAGCUCCAUGGGAAAGUUGAGCGAUUUAGAACGAUGGAAGAAACCAUUCUAGGGAAGAGCAGGGUCAUGCAAGGAAGCUUUCAGCAAAGGGUAAUGGCUGAACGUGAGAAAAUGGAGAGUGUGUUUUCCCUACUCUCAUCCCAGAUAAACACAGAUGUGCUUGGAAGAUACAUGGUAGAUAUCAGGAAACAGUCUGGUGUGAGAGCAGAACUUGUACGAAAGAUUCGAGAACAGCGAGGUGUUGCCAUCAAUGAACUUGGUGUUCUUAUACAAGAGGAGGUGGCAGAGUUGAUGGGAAAAACAAGAGUGCAACAUGAUGACUGGAGUCAUUUUGUAGAAAGGGUGUGCAAGAAGAUGCAGGAUGAUCACAAUAGGACAGAGAAGUUGUUUUCUGAGUAUGAGGCAUUUGAUGAGGAACUUGGCAGUUAUAUUCGUGCUACCUUCCAAGAAUCACAGGAGCAGGUUUCAAGUCUGGAGGAGGCUAUGAAUGUGAUGAAGAUGAAGGCUUUGGAGACCUUUGAGAUCCUUCAUAAUAUGCUUCUUCAACAGAGCCAUAUGCAUAGUGACACCUUGCAGGAUGUCUGUAACAUGAAGUCAUUCCUUGCAAACCAGAAAGAGGCAAUGGAGAAGAACUUGGCUGCAAUGAAAAGUGAAAUGGAAAUAAUGGAACACAACUACCUUCAUUACUACUCUGAAGCUCAGGGUAUCAUGGGCAACAUUGACUCCAGGAAAGAAGGCCAUCAGAAAUGCUCUGAAACUGGAACCUUAGGAUACAACUGUGGAGUUAAAUCCCUGAAGGAAUCUGAAGAAGAGGUCAAGAAUAUUGUGCAGGAGUGCCUCACCUCUGUUAAAAACCACCAAAAUGCUUAUGAAGAGAACCGACAAAGCAAGAGGGAGAUGCAUCAGAGGGCCCAGGCAACAUUGGAGCAGGGUGCUGGUGAAAUAACUUCUGUAGUGACAGGGGGUAAGGACCUCCUGGAGAAGUAUGAUCACCAUUAUGGUAGCAUAGGAUCUUUUGAAAAGAGGCUUCUUGCAAAGCAGAUGGAUGUAGAUCAAUGUCGGAAGGAAGAACAGAAAGCAGAAGACAAAAGUCAUGAGAAACUUAUUUCUGUCAUCAAUGAUGUAUCUGACACACUUAUGAUGUCUAUGAAAAAGUCAGAAGAGGGGAGGAGACUUCUUCAUGAAGGCUAUGAAACACUCUUUGAUGAUGUUGCACAAUUCCUGGGAGAAGAGAUCAAGCCUCUUCCAACUACUGGUGAGACCCCUGUUAGACAGGAGUACAAGUAUCCACGUGUCUGUGCUCAGACAAGCCCUAUGGAGAGGCUUGUGGAGCGGUUCCGCUCAACUGAGGGUGCUAAGGGCCCAAAUGAGAGCAUGGCUUUCUCAGAUGAAGAGAAUGACAAGGAGAAUGCAGAUCCCUCACCACUGCAAGCACCCUUGAAGAAGUAUCCCUCCAGUCCAUCCCUGGUCAUCAAGUCGCUGGAUGACUCAGUUUCUUCAAAUUCUUUGCUUAGUCUCCCUGAUCUCACUGCAGGAGCUGCUGGCCAGCCUCAUCACAAAAUCUCAAAAUUGAAGAAAGAUUCACGAGUGAUGAGCAAAAUCCCACAUCUUGGACUG